AUGCAGCGUAUUAUUAAUUACCCAAAAAAUUCUAGGGUGGUAGUUUCUGCUCCCAAAGGACCAGGUCAACACAAUUUUGCCUUUGACAAUAUCGGAAAGACCUGCUCACUUUGUGGAAAAGAUUUUGAUCGCGUAUGGAAUCUACAACGCCACCUUACCAAAUAUCAUAAACAGACCACAAACACUGCCAAGCCGACCGCCCCUGAUCACAAUGAUGAUUCCGUUAACAAAGACCUACACGUUGAAUCCGAUUUGGAGGAUGACAACAGCAGCGAUGUUGAUGACAUGAACAGUGAUGGCGAUGAUAAUGUUAGCGAGAUUGAACUCAAUGCCAGUGAAAGUAUUAUCGAGAUGGAUGAGGACACCAGCCCCUUUGAAAGUCCAAGUCCAGACAACCACCUAUACAUGCAUAUAAGAAAUAGUAUGUUGUCUUCUGCAUCCAAUACCAGCUCAUCGUUGGAUGCAGAUCUCAAUUUACUGAGAGAAGCAACUAGAUCGCAUACAACAUGGAACCAGUAUAUAUCAGACACUCACCUGUUCCCGGAUCUCCAGUCUAUGGUACUGCUUGCCUUUGUUGAUGGCAAUAAUAACAUGAUAUCUCGCAGGAUCUUGAAAAAGAUCCUGUUUACCAUAAGUCUUGUCCUUAAGCUUCACGAGGAAGCUAUCCAAAAGAAGUCCCUGUUCAAGUUACCUCGUUUGGAUGCCCUCUUGAACUAUCAGACCAGAAAAAAGUCCAAGAUUCCUGUAUUUCCAUCCACAAAAGUUGAUAUCCAGUUGCCGGAAAACAAUAUCAUGUCUGCUUAUAUCAACUUGCCUUCAGAUCACGUCUGA